AUGAGUCGCUAUAUGCAAAAUCCAAAGAAGUCUCACCUAGAAGCAGUCCGACGAAUCCUAAGAUAUGUCAAGAGCACACUUGACUUUGGAAUUAAGUUCAGAAGGGACGAAGAUUGCAAGCUACUUGGCUGUUGUGAUGCUGAUUAUGCAGGAGACCACGAUACCCGACGCUCAACUACUAGAUACGCUGUCAUGUUUGGGUCUGGAGUUGUAUCUUGGUGUAGCAAAAGGCAACCAACUGUGUCAUUAUCGACGACAGAAGCGGAGUAUCGAGCAGCAACUAUGGCAGCUCAAGAAAUCAUUUGGCUUGUGCAAUUGUUGAAAGAGCUGCAUCAACAAGUCAAGUAUGAUAUCUUAUUAUAUUGCGAUAACCUAUCAGCAAUACGUCUUGCAGAAAAUCCAGUUUUCCAUGCAAGAACUAAGCAUGUGGAGGUGCACUACCACUUUAUCAGAGAAAAAGUCUUGCAAGAUGAGAUUAAACUGGAACAUAUUGGGACAGAAAACCCAGUUGCAGACUUAUUCACAAAAGGAUUAAGCAGCAACAAAUUGGAAAACUUCCGUCAACAACUUGGGUUAGUAAAACGGACUGAAACUGAUAUUGAGGGGGAGUAUUGA